AUGAAGAUUAAAAAACAUGAUUUUGUUUUGAUUGAUGAUGAACUAAAAUGUAGAUUGCAUAAAGUUGCGGAUAUGAAAAUAAGAAUAAAAAAAAAUUAUAUAAAUUUAUUGUUUCUUGUAAAUAAAAAAUAUGGAUCAACAUUUUCUUUUAUAAAUAAUAAAUGGGUAAGAAUAAAAAAACAAAAACACAAACUUGAUAUAGAUUAUGAUGAAGAUAUUGCAGGAACAAAUAAAGAUAUAUAUCAUAAUAAUAAUUCCCAAAAAUUAACAGAAGAAAAUAUUGCAGAAAUAAAAGAAAUGAACUAUGAAAACCCAUAUGAAAUUGUCCAAAAGCUUGUAGAUAAUUCAGCUACAUAUAAUGAAAAAACUGUAAUAUCACAAUUUAAAUAUAUCCAAAAAAAAUUAAAAAGACAUUUAUGUCAAUUUACAGUAUAUGAAUGUAAUAUAUUUAAUUUAGUCAAUUUUUAUUAUAAAUAUUUUCCUGAAAAAAUUUCAUAUAUCCGUGUAGAUUAUUUGGCAAACUUGCUUUUUCAUUUGAAUCGAAGUGUGCUUAUAAAGGGUGAGAAUAAACAGAUGCUUGUUCAGAAUAAUAAUGGAACGACUAGCAUAGGGCCAGGGUCAGAAGCAGAGCCAGAAGCAGGGCCAGAAGCAGGGCCAGAAGCAGAAGCUGCUAUUGGUAUUACUCCAUAUGAUAAACAUAAUGUAAUAAUUUAUGAUGAUUCACAUGGUUUGUUAACUAGUGUUAUAAAUAUUACUUAUGAAUAUAAUGUAAAUAUAUUAUCAUUAGUAUAUAAAAAUACAUGUGGAUCUAUUAUACCUAGUUUUGGAAUAAAAAAAAAUACAAGUAUUGUAAAAGUGAAAAUAUUAGAUAUUCCGAAUGAAACGAGAUCAAAUAAAAAUAUUUAUUUUGAUGAAAAUUUAAAUAUUAUUUUCCCAAAUGUGAUAGAAGAAAAUGAACUUAUAAAUAAACCAGACAAAGAUAUUACAAUAAAAAAAAAUGAUUAUAUAGAAACAAAUAUUGGUGAAUCUAAAGAAAAGACACAGGAACUUAUUGUAACAACAUUAAGUAGCGAACUGAAUAAGUCAAAUAAAGAUGUUCAUGAAAAUGUUGAUAAUUAUAAAAAUGAAGAAAAAAUAGAAAUUAGAGAUGAUACAAAGAAAGAAGAAACAGAUGAUGUAAUUAAAAAUAAUAUAAAAGAAAAUUCCCAAAAAAGAAAAAUAGAACAAAUAUAUAAUAAUGAUACCAGUAUAAAUGAAGCAGUGAAAAAAGUACACAAUAAUAAUAAUAAUGAUGAUCAUAUAAAUAAAAAAAUAAUUGAAGAUGAAGUAAAGGAAAAAAAUAAUACAUGGAUAGAAAUAAAUAAAAUAAAAAAAAGUAUCAUAGAUGAUAUAAAUAUGAGAAAAGCUGAAUCUUUUGUUAUAAUUAUAUCUAGUGAAUUUAUUUAUAAUACAAAUACAGAUAUAAAUUUAUUAGCAAAAACAUUAGUAUCUAUUUCUUUAAAAUAUUUAAAUAAUGAUAAUAAAAUAAUUAUACAUACAGAUGAUUUGAAUAUAUCAAACUUAUUUAUCCAAUUAUUAAUAAAUUCAAAAUCAUUUAUAAAUAUUAAAUUAAAUGAAUUUAUUUUAAGAGAACAUCAAGUUAUUAAGAGACGAACACACCCAACUAUAAAAAAUGCCAAGUUGGGUGAUGGCUUUUUGCUAACUGCUUUGAAAGUGGAAAGUUGGUAA